GAGCGAGAACUCCGCGUAAUGUGCAGCAUGAUUGUUGUCUGCACAAGAAGAGAAAUAUAAAACUAAAAAGAAAAAAAAGAGCCGGUAGAUUAUCCAUCCUUGUCCUUUCUUUCUUUCUACCCUCCCCUUUUCCGUUCCUUUCUUAUUCCACACCUCUUGUAAAACCUCAAUGGCCAUGGCAGCAACAAGUGUAAUUGCCAACAGCAGCAAAACAAGAAGCAGUGACGCCAGCACCGCCCUACGUGCUUCUUGCAACCCAACAACCCACCUUACGGAUCUAGUGGCAACAGUUGUGCCCUCACUGUGGAACCGCAAUCGUCAGAACGAAAGCCACAUUGUGUUCAUGCGAUUCGUCAACCAAGUGCUCAAGGUCAUGGAGGCCUCCACCAACUGUGUCUUGAUUGCACUCUUGUAUAUAUACCGACUGUACGUUCUGUACCCAGACAUGGUCACACAGGCUGGAUUUGAGGUACGCACGUUUACAACGGCAUUAAUGUUGGCAAACAAGUAUCUUGAAGACUACACUUACAAGUCCAAGUCAUGGGCAGAUGUGACCGGUAUCAACUUGAACGAAUUGAAUCUCAUGGAAGGCGAGUUCAUGAGCGCCAUUCAUUACCGCCUACAUGUGACAAAGGAGCAACUCUCCGUAUGGGUCAAUUAUUGCCAAUCCCAAAUCCACACCUGCUACUAUUGCCACAAUACCAACGCCAGCAGCGACCUUCUUCCCCUGCGUGCCAACAUCACCACCUCCUUCAUGCGAAACAAGCAACCUGUAAUGGUCGCUCCCACCAAUAACAACAACAACAACAAAGGCCGACCCUUCAUUGAUGAACUACCCGAAGAACGACGACGGAAAUCCUUCGAUUAUCAACACUACCAUCAAGCAAGUCAACCGCAACUAAUGGUGUCCUCAUCACUACUACCGUACAGUAGCACCGCAACACCAACAAACAAUGCGAUUGCCACGACAACCAAAAAGCGAAAGCGCGACGAACCGCCGCUACCAGUAUUAACCCCGUUAAAGCGACGCAAUUACAACGGCACUCACACUACUGCACGACACAGUAACCACCAUCCACCUACUAGUACUACAGCACGAUAUGUACAUCUAACAUCGGCUGGCAGUAUUCCUGAGCCGUAUCAUCAUCAACAGAAGCAACAACAACAACAUCGAUUCGCCAUACCUAUAUACCCAUAAAUAACAAUAAUUCCUUAACUUUUUUAUACAUCGUAUAUAAAACUGGGCAGGUUUCCCAGUGGUUUAUACUGUUUUUUAUCAAUGUUUCGCUCUUUUUUACCUAUUACUACUACUACUACUACUACUACUACUACUACUACAAAUACUAUUAUCUACUUUAAUACUGUUUAUGAACGAGAAACGACCAC